AACCCAGAAGCCAAGAAGAAGCAGCCGUCCGGCCGCAGUCUCCAUCCACAGCCCUGUCCGUCUGUCCCCCGUCGUCUCCAUGCUCAUCCUACUCCAACGCCUUGGCCGCGCCUGCCGGGUGCCCUGUGCCUGGUGGGGGGGAUUUUGGGGAGCCCCUGGCACAGGGCAGAGGGCCGGGGGUCCCCGGAGGGCUCCUCUGUCCCCCGGGGCCACAGCUCCACCUCGCCCGGGCGCUCCCGGCACGAAGACGCAGCAGCUCCACCUGCCCUGAAGGUCUUCCUUGGCCCCUGCCCCGGGAUCAGCCCCAGGAUCAGACCUGCGUUCAGCCCCGGGGUCAGCCCCGGGGUCAGCCCCUGGAGCAGACCUGGGAUCAGCCCCAGGAUCAGCCCCAGGAUCAGCCCCAGGAUCAGCCCCAGUGUCAGCCCCGGGAUCAGCCCCGGGAUCAGUCCCGGGAUCAGUCCCGGGAUCAGCCCCGGGAUCAGUCCCAGCAUCAGCCCCGGAGGCUCAGCCAGGAGGUGCCACCUCAGCCCUGAGGACACCGGGCGCUGUCCCUCCCUGCCCACCCCUCCCGGGCUCUGGGCAGCCUGGCCAGUUCCAGCCCUGCAGUCCCUCCUGUCCCCAGGGAACCCUGUGGCCCCAACCCUGCCAUCCUUGGGGAAAAAGGCAGAAGGAAACCCCUGGCCCCCUUUGAAACCCCCAGCCGGGGACACCCCCUUGGCACCACUGCGGCUCUGGAGCCCCAAACCCCCCCCGGGGUUCAGGGGGGCUCUGGGGCUGCAGCUCAGCCCCGCUGACCCCCACAGCGCUGUCCCGGGGGGUUUGGGGUGUCUGUGGGUCCCCAGGGCUGUUCCCCCUCCCUGGCACAGCCCUGCCCUGGUCAGGGUCCGUGGCCAGCGGGUCACUGCCCCCCGGGCCUGUCAGUGCCCCCCACUCCCCUCCGGGGUCCCCGUUUGGCCCCCAGCCCGUCCCCCAGCCCCCAGGCCAGAGCCCUCCCCGGGCCCAAGUGCUACUUAUCUUUAAGAGCUUUUGCAAUAAGUCUUUUUAGUAGGUUUUGGGUUUUUUUUCUAAACUGCUGUUUUGGUUUGGUUUUUUUUUUUUAAUUCUUGUCAUUUUUAUUCUUAUUAUUUGCUUCCUGACCAAAAUUAGGAACUGGGGGUCAGUCCUUUGUAUCCAGCGAUCACCCAAAGACGACGGGUCGGCCACAUCCAUAAAUUUUCUUAUGGAUUUCUCCUAAUGUUUCAUCGCCUUUCAUUUAUUUAUUUUCUUGCUUUCUCUUUCCAAUUCAAGCUUUUAAAGAUGGGGCUGGGAUUUGACCUUGAGGCUCACCUGUUGAAGAAAAACGCUUUUUUUGUUAUUAUGUCAUCGGCAUUUUAUAUUUCUUAUAUAUAAUAUAUAUGACUAUAUAUAUAUGUGUACAUAUAUAUAUAUAUAUCUAUAUGCAUCAUGCCAGUGUAGAUACCCAUCCAGUAGCAUUUAGGCCUUGUUCUUGUGCCAUUUUUUUUGGGUUUUUUUUUUCUGUUACUGAUCUCUGAAUGCCUUCAAGUGUAUAAAGUGUGGAAUUCUCUCCGGUAUCUGUACUAUGUACACACAUUUUCAUAGGAAGCACAAUAAGAUGACAGAUGCAUUGUACAUCAAUACCUGCUACUCUUAACAACGAUGAUAUAAAGAAUGAUAUAAAUGAUAUAACUCCCCCACGCCGAGCCUUUCUCUCUUGCUGAGCUGCUGGAAUUGCUCCCCCCGAGGUGGCAGGUGGGGACAGCCUCAUCCCUUGGGAUGCUCCUGGAGCCCGGGGAAAGGGAGGGGGAGGAAAAAGCUUCGGGGCAGAUUUCGGUGCUGCCUGGGACGUGCAGAGGGUCGGAGCUGAGGCUGAGCUGAGCCUCCCUUUCCUGGGAGCCUCCAGCCUCGCUGCCUUCCCAAGGAAUUCCUCCCGAGGGGAUGCAGGGCUGGAGGAGGGAGCUGAUUUCUGCUCCCGAGCAGGGAAAGGAGAAUUAACGCUCACAGAGUGUUAAUCCCUGACAGCUCCAACGCCUCCGUGGUUUGGGAGGUCCAACAGGAACCGCCAGGUGGAAUUUCAUCCUGGCAGGAGCACAACCCAAACAUAAACACACCUUUUGAAUUAAAAAAAUUCCAGCUACAAAGAGCGAAAGAAACAACGGAGCAGAUCCAACAGCGGGCAUCCAAAAAAAGCCCUCAGGACUCCAUGGAGACCGAAUAAUAGGGAGUGGGAGUGGGCAGGGAACGCUGAAAUGCCAACGCACACCCCACAGCCUCCCUCCCCCGGCCCUGCUCCCACCGCGUCCCCCGGCGCUGGAAACGGCAGAGGAAUGUUCUGCAUCCCAGCGGGAACGGCCUCACCCCGCGCUGGAGCUUCCCCGCCAGAGCUGGAGCUGCCAAGGGCAGGGGUGGGAUUGGAAGGGGAACGGCGGGGCCAGGAGGGCGUUAAUGAACCCCGUUAAUGAUUAAUGAGGGCAGAGCCGUGCGCGCUCCCUCCCUGCGGCAUCCCCGGCUCCGGGAGCGGUAAUCCCGCCGGACCUGCCGGCUGUGCCGGUCACCCCGGCCAUCUGUCACAGCCCGGCUCCCCGGGGCUCCGGCAGGGCUCGGGGGAGGUCUCUGAGCCCCCUGCAAUUCCCGUGGGAAUUCAGGUACCGGGCAGGCACCACCGGGACAGGCUCGGGGAUGGGGCGUGAAAAAGCUGCUCCUUCCAGGCACGAGAUUCCAACGCGUCCCUUGGAGCAGGAGCGGGCUGGGAACAUCGGCCUGGUCAGGAUCCAGAGCUUCAGACCCUUGGGGAUCUGGGGGCCUUGGGUCUGUCCAGGAUCUGAAACUGUUCAGGAUCCAGGCAGCCUCAACCUGAUCAGGAUCCACGGAGCCUCAGCUUAUCUGAGGUCUGGGAGCCUCACCCCGUUCAGGAUCUGGGGAC